GUUGGACAAGAUGACGUUCCUGCGGGCUGUGGACACCCUGGCCAGCGCCGUCCGCACCCAGGCCAACGGCUCUAUGAACAAUUACAUACCCAAGACCCUGCUGGCCAAGAAAAUCGAGACCCUGAUGCUGGAGGAGGGCGGCGGCGAGCUCCUGACCAGCAGUGUGCGCCAGCAGGCCAUGCUCUCCAUCGUGGCCCUGAGGUUCCCCCUGCGCCCCCCACUCCGGCCCUGGGGUCCCCCUGCUCAGAACACGGGGUUGGGAGGAAGGGCAAGGGUUUGGGGGUGUUGGUGGCAGGGCCCCAUGACUGCCCCCUCAUCUACUAGCAUCCGGGGUGGGGGUGGGACCCCCCAGUUCCACUACUGGGCGCCUCAGAGGAUGUGGUUCUUCAGGGAAUUCCUGAUCCCGGAGGAGAGGAUGGACGCCAUCAUGGUGUUCAUGGAGGCCAUGGCCAGCGACAGGGAGGACAACGUCAAGGCCGCGUCCAAGAUCCUGAGAAUGACCUUGAGGUCCUCGAUGCCGGAAAUCGGGAAGGCCACCAGGGCCAUGCAUGAGCUGCUGCUGGAGCCCAGCCGGCGGAUGGAGGUGCAGAUGCUGUUCCCGCCGCUGUUCAUGGCGCUGCUGAUCCAGACCUCGUUCCUCGUGGUGGAGGGGGGUGCCGAGGCCGCCGGGAGCGACGAGCAUGUCACCAAGUGGAUGGACCCCCUGCUCCGGUGCCGGGACGUGGUGGCCACCGUGGACGACGCCACCACCCGCGUCCUGGCCAGCUGGUUCCA